CCUUGCACUACAUACUUGCAUACAGCACGUCGAUGCUCUACGCUUCGCAUAUGUCGACGCGCCGGCGAUUACUUCGACGGCUGUGUGACUAUAAAGAUGGAAGGAGAUAACAGAACGUAAUGCGAAUAAGAUAACGGUGUCUUCGUUGCGGAGAAGGAGACGGUUAUAAUGUACGCGUGAAGUUCGAAUACUUCGAAUCGGUAUUCCGUACCGACAGUGCCUCGAAGACUGCAAGGCGAAGUUGUCGGUCAAUUGUCUGAAUAAUCUUUCGGAUCGACUCUGCUCUGCAGGGAAUCCGUGAAGAUCCUUGCUCAAGAUUCCUGAGAUCGUCUGCAGAAUCAGUUCGACCUAUCGUGACUUCGCCGAACUUGGCGGUGAUCAUGGACAGAACGCGACUUACGUACGUCACAACUGCUGCUGUGGGCGUUAGCACGGCAGUUUUCUUCAUCUGGUGGUGGUGGAAUAGAAAACAAAAGCCUCAGCCACCGUCAAAGUGGCGAAAAGUCGGAGAACUAAGUGAUAUGGUUGUAUUCCCCGUUAAAUCACUCGGUGCAGUUCGCAUGACAGAGAUGGAAUGCACCACAUUGGGACUCAAGUCCGGAUGGUUGAGAGAUCGAACACUGCUCGUUAUCGAUCUCGAGGGACGAUUUCUCACCGCCAGACAGCUUCCCAAAAUGGUCAAUGUAUCGCCUAGUUUUUCCGGUUCCGUGCUUACGCUUCGUGCUCCAGGCAUGAUGUCGGUGUCGGUGGACCUUGCACAAUUCCGUGGUAAAGGUUUCCGUGUCGCUGUGUGGGGUCAAGCGGUACCGGCACGCGAUUGUGGUGAGGAAGUUGCCCGAUGGCUGUCGCGUUUUCUUUUUCAAGAAGAUACCGGAUGCCGGCUGGUUUAUUAUCCGUUAGAUCGACCAGUGAGAACAGUGAGACAGAGAAAUCUAAAAGUAUUUCCUUUGCUACAAGAGACAGACUCGGGAGCCUAUCCAGAUGAAACAAGUUUCAGUAUGAUCAACGAAGCUUCAGUAGCAGAUCUUAAUAGCCGACUAGACGAACCAGUUACGCCGCAGAAUUUUCGCAUGAAUUUCGUGGUCAAGGGUGCCACUGCUUUUGAAGAAGAUAAAUGGGAUUGGGUAAAGAUCGGGAACGUAAUUCUGAGAAAUGUUAGACCCUGCACAAGAUGUAUCUUCACUACUAUAGAUCCGGAAACUGGCAUAAAACAUGCUAAUGCGGAGCCUCUGAAGACUUUGAAAACUUAUAGACAGAUAAGCGAUCCGCAAAUUCGACCUGCAAUUGGUGACAGUCCAGCUAUGGGAAUUCAUCUUGGACUGCGAGGGCCAAAUGGGAUAGUCCACUUAGGUGAUCCAAUUUAUGUGGGCAUCCCGGAAGAGGAAACAUCAUCUUUGGUUUCACCAUCAUAGCUAUAUCGUUGGGACUCUUGCGAGAUUUCAGAACAUGAACUCGAUACGGAUUUAAUGAUCGAGGACCAAGACGUGAAAAGCGGAGUUCCAGAAUGAUGAAAUAUUGAUAGAGUUAUAUAUAUGCAUAUAUGUAUGUGCGUAUAUAUCUUCAGUUAGGUAGGUACAUCAGGUCUACAUAUCUUCUGAAAGAUUAGUGGUAAGAAUAAUAAUAUAUGUUAUAAAACUGUACAAUUGAGGGAA